AUGCUUCGACGGUUUACGCUUCAAAACGUAUCACGCGUGAGUCGAUUAUCCAAAGUCAAACGUGAAGCACCAUUGACAUGUCAUGAGCAGCGAUCGUUCGUUUCAACCACCCGGACCGUCCGAAUCAGCCCAAAGACAUCGGCGAAAAAAGACGACAGCAUCAAAAAAGAAGACAUUCAAGCCGCCAAGGUGGACAGUGCGACCAUGGCAGCUGCCAAGGAACUUGUCGACAACAAUGUGGGUCCUUUUCCUGCAAGCGAUUCGUUCGAUCAGCCGUUUCAGGAGGCUUCCAGUGCCCAAGACUGGUCACGGUCUUUCCAUGGCCUAUCCACACAACCUUUUCCACGAGAGAUUGCUGACGUGCUCCAGGAACCUAUCGCCCCUGAAGAUGUUGAGAUCACACCAGAUGGUUUGUUGUACCUCCCAGAAAUCAAAUAUCGCCGUAUCUUAAACAGAGCCUUUGGACCUGGUGGUUGGGGUCUUGCACCACGUGGCGAUCAUUCCAUCAACAAGAAGAACAUUUCUCGAGAAUAUGCACUCGUUUGUCAUGGAAGAUUCGUAUCUCAAGCUAGAGGUGAACAAGACUUUUUCGAUAUCACAGGUCUCCCAACAGCGUCAGAAGGAUGUAAGAGUAAUGCAUUGAUGCGGUGCUGCAAGGAUUUGGGUAUUGCGUCUGAGCUAUGGGAUCCUACCUUCAUUCGCAAAUUCAAAAAGAAGCAUUGUGUGGAUGUAUGGGCUGAGCAUGUUGUUCAAAAGAGGAAAAAGAAGCUUUGGAGAAGAAAAGAUAGCACACUUGAAUAUCCCUAUAAAGAACUGUCUCAGGAUUAG